GAUGCAAUGAUUUUAACAAUGAUGAUAUAAUUGAAACCGUAAUGUAAAAAAUGAAUAUUAAAUUAAAGUACUCAAGAUUGAAUUCAUAAAUAAUUUUGAGGUUUUAUUGUUGUUCCAAAAUUACCCAGCAAAGGACAAUUACUAAUAGAUGAUAGGAUAGGCUGAAAAGAUAGAAAGUAAAAUAGAUUUGAUAUAAAUGUAGAAUAAUUAAGAGCUUUGGAUGGGAUAUCAUGGUUAGAGAUUAUCAAGAGAUUCAAUUUGGGUUACUCAUUAUCUUUGUAUUUUCAGAAGAAUUGA